GGAAUGGAAGCGGCGGCUUCAGUCGGCCGCGAACCUCCGCCGAAGAACGGUCCCCAUUGUCGGGAUCAACAGACGGUCCGGGGUAUACCCUGUUGACCGCGACCGAGAGACACCUUCGAUCUUCGAAGAAAGAGGAACCGAUCCUUUUCCUCCGCGCGACCUCCGCAAAUCUGCGGAAACGACCGAUCACCAAUGUGCGAAAUCGGAAGCGAGGCGAGGUUCAAAGAACGAGAAUGAGGACGAUUCUGUAUCGCGGCUUCUCCUUCGAGUAUCUCGACGAAUAAACGACGUGUAAAGUAGACAUGUGGAAGUGCUGGGUCCUGUUUCUGUGUGUCGCAGGUUUAUCCUCGGCUAUUUCGGAAUCGUCAAGUCGUUUCGACAUUAGUCCUUUGGCUAAUCGCUCUAUAACAUUGCGACAGCAUGAACCCGUGAGAAGAUUCGCAUGUCCCGUGGGAUUCUUUCGGCUGAAACGAUUCUGUUAUUAUCUGAGCGCCGGCACAGCACCAUGGAGGGACGCGUAUUUUCACUGCAAGGAUAGAAAUGCCACUUUGGCAAUAUUAGACAGAAACGGAAAGGACAAAAUGUUGAGGAAAUACUUGAUGGGCGAACAGUUCACGAAAUUGGAGCGAUGGAUCGGCGGAAUUUUCAAUUGGCAACAGAUGGCCUGGGAAUGGGGUGUAACAGGUGAAAAGAUGGUUUUCCAGAGUUUUGGAAAAAUGGAGCCCGGAAGGUCCAAGAAGUAUGCAUGGCACUGUAUUAUAAUGGAUCCCGCGUUAAAAUAUAAAUGGAGUGCGAGAAGUUGCGUGGAACGGAAGCAUUAUAUAUGCGAAGUGCCUGCAGGUCGUUUAGCCAGAAGACGCAAAAAGUCGGAUCCCUUCGCGCCACAAAAUCAAAUAUUAAAAUCUAGAAAGAAGGGCAAGAAGUAUUUAGACGGACAGAGAAAACGAGAUGGAAGAAAGAAGAAUCGAACAAAUUUGAGAAGAAAUUGGACGAACCAAGGAGAGAAUCAACAAUGGGCCCAUGGUGUCAAAUUGGGAUCGCGGCCACCUUCUAAUAUCAAUAUGAUGCAAUCUAGAGAGCGCACACGACAUCGCUCGAACAGAACCCAUCCACAAUCAACCGGAUCGAAGGUUGCACAAGUAAUGCCUCAAGAGCGAGAAUAUGGUGCUUUUCUGGCCAACGGACACAAUAGCCAUCAAUCCCGGAAUUUAGCGGAUAUGAAUGACGUUUUUUCGCAGUUCCACAAUAAGAUUAAUGAUUUUGCGCGCGAAGAGGUUUUGUUAAAGUCGUAAAAAAUUCAUUGUAUCGAUAAUUAGUUAUAAUUGCAGCCUCUAUUUAUUGUAGUUCUGUUACACAAUGUAUACAGCUGAGGGAAAAACCUAUUUAAAAGAGAAAUUUUUACAACACUACUGUUCAACUGCCAUCGCGAUUUUUUUAUUAUAAUAUUAUAAUAUUAUUGACGGCUGCAAUUAUAAAAAUAAAUUUGUCAAGAUUACGAAUUAUUAUUACGAUCAAAAUUAAUCGAAGUAAAUUCUUUAAGGUUCCUCUAAAUAUUUCGAAUAGAAAAUAUAAUCAUCUAUUAAUUAAUAAUCCUAUUAUUAUAGUCGCAUUCGAUACAAUAUCUAAAUAAUCUCUGUGUACUUAUAAAUAUUCUCUAUAUCAUUAUAGAAAAUCAUCGUCUCUCUAUAACUAUCUUUUUCUAGUUCAAUGAUUAUAUCUUGCUAAGCAAUGUCUUGCACAAUAUUAUUUAAUUAUAACAUGUGAGUAAUCUAUGAAAUGGAGUAAUCUACGAAUCAAUAAUCUCACAUUGCCGAUGCAUGUCAUCACUUCGCGCAGCAAUUCUCGAUUAAAAAA